GGCCUUCGGGUUUUCCUGCCUGAGAAGAGCUGGGUGGGCAGUGUGAGAAGAGAGAGCCCUGGCUCCUCCAGGACCAGGCUUGAAGUAGGGACCUGCCCAUCUCAAGCAGUGUUCCCAGCUCUGGGCCUCUCACAUUCCUUGGGUAGAAAGCAUUUGGGGCACUAGGCUCCAUCCCCCAACUGCCACAGCAAGAAGGUCAUGUCCAGCCUGGGAGAGCUGUCUCUAAACUGACGUGGUGGUGACAGAGACUCAAGCAGCGGCCCCAGAGCCCCAGGGGCCUCUCGGACGCCCCGUCCAGAGCUGGCGGCUUGGGUGGGCAGCAGGCGAAAGCGACCCCAACUCUGACAAGCUUCCCUCCCUGGGCUGUGGACAGAGCCAAGCAAGCCACUGAGGGCCGGGUCCUCUCUCAUACCUGAGAACCAUGAAGAAGCGUUUCGUGGCGGUGGCCUUGGCAGCUAUCGUCCUGGUGCUCGUCAUCGUCGGCCUCUCCCUCUGGCUGUCCGACACCUCCAGUCCGUCCAGCCACGUGUACCCCAGGGCGGCCGUGGCCACAGACGCCAGACUCUGCUCGGAGAUUGGGAGGGACGCGCUGCAGGAGGGCGGCUCAGCCGUGGACGCUGCCAUUGCGGCCCUGCUGUGCGUGGGGCUCGUGAAUGCGCACAGCAUGGGCAUCGGGGGCGGCCUGUUCCUCACCAUCUACAACAGCACCACGCGCAAAGCUGAGGUCAUCAACGCACGGGAGGUGGCCCCUGAACUGGCCUCCUCGGACAUGUUCAAUAGCUCGGAGCAGUCACAGCAAGGGGGGCUGUCGGUGGCGGUUCCCGGUGAGAUCCGUGGCUACGAGCUGGCGCACCAGCGCCACGGGCGGCUGCCCUGGGCUCGCCUCUUCCAGCCCAGCAUCCAGCUGGCCCGGCAAGGCUUCCCUGUGGGGAAGAGCUUGGCAGCAGCCCUGGAGAAAAACCGGGAUAUCAUUGAGCAGCAGCCCGCCCUGUGCGAGGUGUUCUGCCAGGACGGGCAGGUGCUGAAAGAGGGGGACCGAGUGACCAUGCCACGACUGGCUGACACGUACGAGACUCUGGCCUCCCAGGGCGCCCAGGCUUUCUACAAUGGGAGCCUCACAGCCCAGAUUGUCAAGGACAUCCAGGCGGCCGGGGGCAUUGUGACGGCCAGGGACCUGAACAACUACCGCGCUGAGCUGAUCGAGGACCCACUGAGCAUCAGCCUCGGGGAGUCCCAGCUCUACGUGCCCAGCGCCCCACUCAGUGGGCCUGUGCUGGUCCUCAUCCUCAACAUCCUCAAGGGGUACAACUUCUCGCAGGCGAGCGUGGAGACGCCCGAGGCGAAGGGCCUGACCUACCACCGCAUCGUGGAGGCCUUCCGGUUCGCUUACGCCAAGAGGACCCUGCUCGGGGACCCCAAGUUCGUCAAUGUGACUGAGGUGGUCCGAAACAUGAGCUCCGAGUUCUUCGCUGCCCGACUCCAGGACCGGAUCUCCGACGACACCACUCACCCAACCUCCUACUACGAGCCUGAGUUCUACACGCCAGACGACGGGGGCACCGCCCACCUGUCUGUGGUUGCCGAGGAUGGCAGCGCCGUGUCGGCCACCAGCACCAUCAACCUCUACUUGGGUUCCAAGGUGCUCUCGCAGGUCAGCGGGAUCCUGUUCAACGACGAGAUGGACGACUUCAGUUCCCCCAACAUCAUCAACCAGUUUGGGGUGCCCCCCUCACCAGCCAACUUCAUUAAGCCAGGGAAGCAGCCGCUCUCGUCCAUGUGUCCAGCAAUUAUCGUGGACCCGGAUGGCCGGGUCCGUAUGGUGGUGGGUGCCUCUGGGGGCACCCAGAUCACCACAGCAACAGCACUGGCCAUCAUCAACAGCCUGUGGUUCGGCUACGACGUGAAGCGGGUGGUCGAGGAGCCCCGGCUGCACAACCAGCUUCUGCCCAACACCACAACGGUGGAGAAGCACAUCGACCAGGCAGUGACCACAGCCUUGGAGACCCGGCACCACUACACCCAGGUCACGUCCACCUACAUCGCUGUGGUGCAGGCCAUCGUCCGCACGGCUGACGGCUGGGCCGCCGCCUCGGACUCCAGGAAAGGCGGGGUGCCUGCCGGCUACUGAGCUGCAAGAUGCUUACAAAGGACUGAGACUUUGGGGGUUGGGCUUCUCCCAAGAGAGACAAAGCAGUGCAAUAAAUGGGGGCCACAGCACUAGGUGCUGGCUGGCUCCCGGUUUUCUGGGCCUCAGAAUUCUGUAUAAAAU